UUUAUCAACGUUCAUUAUUACUGUCGUCGCUUUUUUAUUUUUUCGCUCAUAAUGGUGUUCGUAAAUACGUAUUUGUUGAGGACUAUCGACAUCAUGUUGUAAAAUCUAAGGUUUUUUUUAAUCGAGAUGUCAAUCAAAGUGUGCGUGCAUCAAAAGAUGCGUCAUUGUUUAAGUUUGUUUUUAUUUAAAUACUCGACUUUGUAUUAUUGCGUGAUGUCCGUUAAAUAUUUAUAACGUAGCAAUUUCGUUUUUUCUUAAUGGUGCAUGUUGUUGGUUUUGUUUUGUGAUUGAGUAAUCUUUUGGUGAUAUUUUUUGAAAGAAACAUGUAAUGUGCGCAUUAAAAGGUGGAAAAAAACGAGUUGUAUUCCUUUUUACACAGUCACAACUACAAAUAAUAUUAUCAACAUUGAUAAAGAAAAUGCUGCACCUACGCCAAUUCGGAUUACGAUUAUAUAGCACAUCCGCUGCAACUUCAACCACUAAAGCAGGAAAACUUUUAGAUUCUAUUAUAAGAGUAAAUCAUGCUGGAGAGUUGGCAGCUGAUAGAAUAUAUGCAGGGCAAAUGGCUAUUUUGGGCAAUACUCCAAAGGGUCCAAUGAUUCAGCAUAUGUGGGAUCAAGAGAAAAAACAUCGUGCCAAAUUUGAAGAAUUAAUUCGAAAGUAUCGUGCGCGACCCACUGUAUUUGUACCUGUUUGGAAUAUAGCUGGAUUUCUUCUUGGUGCUGGAACAGCGUUAAUGGGAGAGAAAGCAGCUAUGGCGUGUACCGUAGCUGUCGAAACUGUCAUUGUAGAGCAUUAUAAUGAUCAAUUACGUAACUUAAUGGAAACUGGUGAAGUCGUAGACAAAGAAUUAUUAGAUACGAUUAAAACUUUUCGCGAUGAAGAACAAGAGCAUCACGAUACGGGAUUAGAGCAUGGAGCGGAACAAGCUCCUUUUUAUGCAACUCUCACAGAUAUAAUAAAGUUUGGCUGUAAAACUGCAAUUACUAUUUCUAAAGUAGUGUAAAUUAUGUUAAUUUCAAUGGUAGUUUAUGUAUAUGUAUGUAGAAGUCAUUUGUUACUCGUUUAAUAUCGCAUGACAUAUAUUAAAUAAAUAUUUUUUGUUAAUAGUUAUUAUUUAAAAAAGUUUGUAUAAAUUUGCGUACCCCCUUCGCAGUAAGGUCCUUGAAAUCCAGGAGGGCACGAACAUACGCCGGGAGCAGUACAGUUGCCACCAUUCAUACAAUUUGGAUAACAGAGUGCUUUUUUACAAUGAGGUGGACCCAAAUAACCGUCGGGGCAAGGCCCAGGAUUUGGCUCUAAAAUUUAAAACAAAAGAGAUCUGUGAUUUUUCUUUUUCUAAUUUCUUCUCUCUUUUUUUUUUUUAUAAAUUAUUUUUCAAAGUUUCAAUUAAAAUCAUAAGUAAAUUAGUAAAGAACGAAAAUGAAAAGAACAAUGAAUCGUAUUUGUUCAUUUGAUGAGAGACUAUUUAUUUUGAUAUAUAACAAAUAAAAGUAGGUAUGUAAAUUAAGGAAUAACGUAGCAAACAUUGAAUAUACUUACCGCGUAAGUUGCAUUCUUUUCUUAAACUAAGAUGAAGCGGUGUUCCGUUCAAUGGUUUACCUUUCCGUGUUUCAAUCAUUAAACCAAUUCCAAAUUGUGCUACUCCUGAAUUAUUUCCAGUACAAGGUAAUAAAACGCUAAAUUCUAUAAUACAAAAGAAAAAGAAAAUAAUUAUUUAAAAAGAUAGAGAGCUAAUUUUAUAAUAAACUUCGUAAACAUGGAUCGUGAUCUUUACCCUUUGCUCUUUUCGGUACUCGUCCUUGGGUUUUAAUCGUGAUCGAUGGAGUUUUGAGAAUUGAUUCAUCAAAAGAUUUCAGUCGAUAAAAGUUAUAAUAAUAUUUUUUUACACCAGAUUUCCAUGUAAAGUUUACGUACGAUACUUCGCUAGGAAUAAUCGGCAGCUUAUUUUCAAAUUCUGGAUCCAAAAGAUAUGAUAAAACAAUGCCCUCCGAAAUAACAUAGAUCUCCAUUUCAACACCUAAUAAAAAUAAUAUCGAUUGUUUGUAAGAAUUUAUAAAACAAUAUACAUUUUAUAAUAACACGAUAGAAAAAAAAAAAAAAAAUAGAUCCGAGAAAGGAUCGAUACCAUGAUGUUCUGUAUAGGCAUUGAAAUCACUGAUCCAAUGGUAAAACACAUAAUAUAUCGCGUAAUGAUAUAACGAGUGAUUGUAAUGUAUUUAAUAUAAUAUAUUAAUAACAUUAUCAACGACAAAGA